GGGAUUUCUUCUUAAAUGAUUCACUAAUUGAUGUACUUCUUUUCUUGUCCUACAUGCUUUUUACCUGGAUCCUGGCUACAGUGUAAUACAAAUGAUAGCAUCACACGCUCUCCACCAAUCAAAUCAGCUGUGUCCCCCUUGACACUGGACACAUGGAACGGUGCCAUCUCUCUCAUCCUCAGCUCACAUCCACCUGGAGACACAUUCACCUGGCUUUCUGAAGAAGACAUCUUGUUUUUUUGUUACACUCAUACUCAGAGGCCCGAUCUCCUGGAGAUGGCACACCUGCCUUACAGAUGCCAUGGCAACUUCCCCCAAAGGCGUGCCACCCUGUUGCCACAGAUGGAAGAGGAGUCAAACCACUCUUGCAAUGGAAAGACCGGAAAAGCCUCUUCUUCAUCAAAACGACAAAGACCACCCGGAAAAGAUGUAGCAGCUUUAUUAAAGAGAAUAAGCAUUCACCCAGAGGCCCAAAGGAUUCUGGGAAAUUCCUGCAUACCCGUUGUGAGCUUGGAGCGUCUGAACUUCCAGUCUGUGUCUUUAUCAGCAUCUCUGCAGCCUGUGGUAUCUCUGGUACGACUGCCAUGCCAAACACACGCCAAGCGCCACAACAGUGCUUCCUGUUUGGAUCAUUCUCAACAGAAUGGUUUCAAUCAAAAUGAGGCAAACGUUUUGGAGAUAAGCGAGGCAUCACCUCAGUCUAAACCAGCAGAGUCAUCUGAUCUCAACCAACCAGAUUCAACACCAACCUCCUGGACUGAACCAUACUGUCCUGACAGCGCCUCCUCUGGAGAACCAGAGCAGGACUCAGGCUUCGACUGUGAAUCUAAUCCAGAUCAGCCGUAUAUCCUGUUUGAUUCUGGAACUGAUGAAUGGGACCCAGACGGGAAAACCGAUUCAGAGAUGUUUUAUUUGGAUCCAGAUCCAGAGGAGACCAUUGUGAUCGAACUGGAUCCAGAACCAGAAGCAGAUCUGGAUCGAUCCCUGGAGCAAGAGGAUGAAUCUGAAAGUAAAUAUGAAGCAGAUAUAGUUCAAGUGGACAACAGUGAGGAUCAAAAUCCUGAUCUCUGCUGCUCACAGGAGGAGGGAGACUCAUUCAUCCCACAGCCUGAACCGGGACCAGGGACUGAGCAGACAGAAAGUGAAGAUUUCUGUGCUGUGUGUCUGAACGGAGGAGAUCUGCUCUGCUGUGACCGCUGCCCGAAGGUUUACCACUUAGCCUGUCAUAUACCUGCUCUCAUCAGCUUCCCACUGUCAUGUGUGUCCUCCAGAGGUGACUGGGUCUGUACGUUGUGCAGAACUUACCAGGAGCCCAUUGAGAGCUAUGACUGUGAGGACCUGCACUCCUGUGGGGGAGUCAAAGCUCCAUACACACUGUCCAACCAGGACCAGAGGAGGUGUGAGAAGCUGACUCUGCUGUUGUACUGUCACGCACUCAGCGCUCCGUUCCAUGAACCUGUCAGCCCCCUGGCCCGAAAUUACUACCAGAUCAUCAAGAGGCCCAUCAACCUGUCAGUGAUCCGCAGGAAACUGGACAAGAGCAACACUCUCCACUACUUCACUGCCGAGCAGUUUGUUGAUGAUGUCCUGCUGAUGUUCAAGAACUGCGCUACGUUCAAUUACCCAGACUCAGAGGUGGCCCAGGCUGGUCGAAACAUGGAGGUGUUUUUCUUGAGCAAACUGAAGGAGAUUUUUCCUGAGCGGACGUUCCCAUCAGCCAGCCAGGACACGAUGAACAGAGUUCGUCUCCAGUGGCUGAGCAGGAAGAAGAAGGAAAACUACAGGAAGAAGAGAAAUGUGUUUAGUGGGAAGAAAUAUUACCUGUAACUAUAGUUUAAACAAUACAUGCAGUGUUGUUAAAGCCUUUUAAUUAAUGGGAAGCAUGUCGAGGUGAAUUUCUUUACCAUUCAUUUUGUACUUUUUCUUUUUCAUGAAUCAAACCUUAUAAUAGGAAACUAAUGACUUAUGUCAUAUUCAAAUCUCAGGUAUUUUUUCACAGAACUUCAGGUAGAGAGGGAUUGAUACUGUUUGCUGAUCUAGAAUGAAAUCUGUCGAAUGCAAAUUAAUCACAUUUGAUUUUCUGAAAGAUGAACAGUAGAAUUUGGUCAACAUCUCAUGAAUUGAUUGUGAAUUAAAAAUUAAUUAAAAAAAAUUGAAAUUAAAGAUUAGGAAGCAUUUUUAAAAAAUGUAGCUCUAGCUGGUUCAGAUAAGUUAUUUAAUGGACUAUAUUUUUUAAUUUGUGUGAUGGGACUUCCAUUAUACUACUACGGUUAAAUCAGGGCCCAAAGCUCACUGUGGUACAGAUAAUAAUAUGUGGUAAUGUAAGCAUAAGCCCUGUUACUAAGGUAUCUAAAUGCUUGUAAAUUCAAAUACAAAUGACUCAAAAUGGGAAAUUAAUCAGUGAGAAACAGUGAGAACAAUUGUUCUUAAGUACAAAGAACCCACCCCCACGGUGUGAAAGAUGUAUUAUAUAACAUAUAACACGUAAUUCCCCAGUCAAUGUAUCUUGGAUCCCAGACCUUUUCAGAGAUCCUUGAGACACCUUUUGUAAAAGUUCUGCCACUAUAUGUAUAUAUAUAUAUGGAAUUAUGUUCUGAAUUGUUAUGUACUUAUAGGUGUUGUUACUGAAUACUAUGUGGACUGAGCUUGAAUGAUGCAGCUUUGAUUAAUGGGAAUUUGACUGAAUCCUGAAUUUGUAUUUUGUCAUUUAAAAUUCUGAUUGUAACUUUAAAUUUCAUAAUAAAUCAGAUUUUUAAAAAUGAA